AGAACCACCCACAUUCCCGCAAUCCACUCCCCGCAAUGGUCUCCAAGAUCCUCUUCUGGAGCGGCUUCGGUACGCCUCCCCGCACCUCCCCGCUCUCCCCGCCCAUUGAGCCGCGCUAACCGCCGGGGCUUUUGCUCGCAGGCGUCGCCGUCCGCCUGUGGCAGCUGGGCAUGGAGAUGCGCCCCUUCUUCAACAAGGGCUCGCUGUGGGCCUACCCGCUCUACGCCACCAUCGGCGGCAGCUUCGGCUACUGGCUGCAGGGCGUCGAGAGCCGCCAGUACAAGCUGCUGUCGGAUCGUCGCCAGGCCCUUAUGGACAAGCGCGCGCGCAGGGCCCUCGAAGAAUCCACCACCGUCGACCCCGCUACCCAGGCCGACAAGGAGGGCAUCAUGGCCACCGUCUAAUCGGCGCGUGGUGUCGGGACGUGAAUGUCAAGGAGGAUAGAGAGAGAAAGUAGUAGCGGCAAGCUAGAUGGGGGGAAGGCGGAGGAGUAGGACACGCCAUGUCGCGCGUGUCGCAUUGUACACUCGAGCAGCAGCAUCGUCGUCGUCGUAGCCGGACGGUACGCAGCUCCGAAAUCUGAAAUUCUGUGCAGCCAAUCCGUCCAUCCCGUCGCAAGCGGGCAGCCGU